AUGUCGGUGUUUACAUCAGAUCUAAACCAUGAAGUCGCUCUGACCACUAGCACAUACAAUGAUACUACUAGUGUGUAUGAUACGUACGGCUAUUAUAUUCAUCCUCACUGGAAACAAUUCGACCUUGUACCGGACCAUUGGCAUUUUAUGGUGGGAGUCUACAUCACUAUUGUUGGACUCACUGGGAUCAUUGGAAACUCAAUUGUGAUAUGGAUUUUCAGCACGACCGAAAGCUUAAAAACGCCAUCAAACAUGCUGAUCACCAAUUUGGCUGUCAGUGACCUUAUCUUUUCAGCAGUUAACGGAUUCCCUUUACUAAGUAUUUCUGCUUUUAAUCGAAAAUGGAUGUGGGGAGAUACUGCAUGUCAGUUUUAUGGCUUCAUCGGAGGAUUAUUUGGGUUGAUGUCGAUCAAUACUUUGGCUGCAAUAUCCAUUGACCGAUAUCUUAAUAUUGCAAAACCACUGUCUGCUGCUAAGAACAUGACUAGAAGAAAAGCUUUAAUGAUGAUCCUGUGUGUAUGGGCCUGGUCUCUAAUCUGGGCUGUUCCACCAAUAUUUGGUUGGGGAGCCUAUAUUCCAGAAGGGUUUCAGACAUCUUGUACUUUUGACUACCUAAGUACAGAGCCACAUAUGCGAUCAUACAUAUUCGGAUUAUAUCUAGGCGGAUUUGUUGUUCCUUUGGCAAUCACUGUUGUUUGUUAUGUGCUAAUCCUAAAGGCAAUCAGAAAGCACGAACGGGAAAUGGAGAAAGUUGCAGAUAAGUUGAAGGCAGACGACCUCCGAAAUAAACAAAACAAAGCAAGUAUGGAGAUAAAAGUUGCAAGAAUUGCUAUGAUUAUUGUUACGUUAUAUAUAUUGUCAUGGAGUCCUUAUGCGACGGUUGCUCUGAUUGGUCAGUUUGGACCAGCAGAAUGGGUAACACCAGUUGUAGCAGAAAUACCUGUAAUGUUGGCAAAAGCUUGCGCAAUGCAUAAUCCAAUCGUGUAUGCAUUCAGUCAUCCAAAGUUCAGAAAUGCCUUAUUAAAACGCGUCCCUUGGGUAACGUGCUGUUACGAUGUAAAACCUUCAGAAAUUACCUCAAAGACCAACAACCCCUACAGUAAACGGCCACUUAGCCGUAACAUGAGUGACGAUAGCAAUUAUUAUGGAAGUGAGGCAUCUAGCUAUGUAACGAGCAUUGGAGAAUCUAUACCAAAUAAGAAUGGACGAUUGAAUAUGCAGCGCAGCAUGAGCGUCGAAAGUAACAUCGGAUCACCUGAAAUGAUAAUGGAACUUGUACGAGCCCUUGUAACAGUAGCAAAUAGAAACGUGGUACCUAUUCAUGGAACAAAUCCUCCAGUUCAGAGUCAAGAUGUCUUUUCCGUGUGUGACGGAAAACAAGCACAGCUGGCUAAGUACCUUGCUGAACUAUUGACCAACAGAGAAAGCAAGACAGAAGUCUCAGUAGAUACCAAACUUCCAAUUAUAACCAAAACUGAAUAGAUAGAAGAAAUAAAGUGUGAAAAUCAAUAAACACAAACAGUAUUUAACUUGUGGAAUCAAUUGAUAUUCUUAAAUGACAUUAUAUCCAAUGUUUUGGAAGAGGAAGUCACUAAUGUACCAUUACUUGUAUUAACCCCUUUUGCUAUUAUCAUGAUAAAAUAUAUUUAAACUAGUGUUUAAUCUAAUAUACUGUGAAAUGGACAAUAAUAAUCCAUACAAAGGGAAGGAAGAAAUUUGAAAAAGAGUUACUGCAUUAUUUGAGACAUAUUUUCAGGAUGUAUGCGAUCUAUCAAGCGUAGACAUAUGACAUGAUAGUAACUAAUAGAAGAUCUUUUGCGUAUUGUAAUCUGCAUGUUAU